AUGAAUUUUUCCACUGCUGAGCACCUAGAUUUUCGGCAGUACUGCAUUACAACACAUGGAUCAAUCGAACAUUUGAUACAUAAAGCCGAGAAUGGCGAAAUCGUGGCCCAAGCAGAUUUGGGAAUUGCUUACUCGGAAGGAUUUGGCGAUCUCUUACCUCAAGAUAUCGACGAAGCAAUUCGAUGGCUCAAAACUGCUGUAGACAGCGGUUAUGAAUUUCCAAGUAUCCUUGAAACACUCGGCAAAUUGCUAAAUUUGAAAGGAACGCUACCAAGUCGACGAAAGGCGUACGAGAUGUACCACAGGGGAGCGAAACUUGGGUCUGUAAUUUCCCAGAUCAAUCUAGCAGAAAUGUAUCGAUGUGGUGUUGAAGGAGUCGUGAACAGAGACAUCAAAGAAGCUUUCAAAUGGUAUAAAAUAGCGGCUGAUGAAGAUGUGAGUGCUUAUCGAAGUAAUGUGGGGGUCGAUAAAUUGUGUUCUGUAACGAUGACCAUGGGAAACGCCGUCCUUACAAGAUACAAGGCUUUGGAACUUAUAUACAAAUAUUACCUAGAAGGUGAUUGUCCGGAAGGCAAACCACAACCAACGAAAGCCGUUCACUAUUUGACUAGAGCAGCUGAACAGGGUCAUAAUGAGGCACAGCUAAAGCUGGGACAAAUCUACUUGACCGGAAGUUGCGAGCAAGUCAAAGACAUUGCAAGAGCAAAAAAACGAUGGUUCAGAAAAAAGCUUUAGCAGGUGGCGAUGAAAGGGCAAAACAGGUAAGAUAUGAUGUAUAGGUCGAUUCACUCCCCUCCUCAUCCUCCAGAAACAUCCUUUGUAGACGUAAGUUCACUUUGAUGCAGGGAAUAUUUACGAUAAUUUACUGCCAUCAUCAAGAAUAAUGCAGUUUGUCUUAGUCGUUUAAAAAGCGUAUCAAUGCUGUCAAUACAAUCUUAUAUUAUGUCUCCAUAGCACACUGUGAUCAGGGUCCGGACUAAGGGGGUUGGUUGAGGGGUGGGGGGAGGCGUGGGACCCUAAUUCCUUGUUCACAAAAUCCUGUAGGGGCUUCGCAGGAGACUACGUGUAAUUUAGGUCAUGUAUGUACAUGAGCAGCCUAGAUUACCUGUUCCCCAAGCCAGCCUCAUUUGAGAUUUUCGGAUGUAAAUAAGUUUGUGUAUUUCGCCUUUAUUGCCUUGAUUUCAUGGCCCUUAAAUGGGCGAUUCCAGAAAAUAUCCAUACCAUACCACGGACGGCUUUUAGGAUUUCCGAAGGGGAGGGGGGGUUCACGAUUAUGGAAUUCUGAGGGCAUGGGGGGUAUUUACGAUUGGAAAUCCGAAGGCAUGGCGGAAUUCCACAGGUGGGAUUUCUGGAGUAGAAAGUGUAGAGUGAGUUCCUUGAAAACGCUAUUGUUGUGGACUUUUGUAGUUCGUAAAUAAACCAAGAACGUAUGACCGCGGAAGCAGAAGACAAGCAUCGAUAGAUCAGACACGUGUUUAUGCUCAUAACUUAUAGAAGUGAACAGUAAAACGUGGGUUUCACAUUAACCUUGAUGAAUUUCUUGUCACAUGAAAAAAAACACGGAAUAUGUAUCUUACUGCUUGCAAGUUUCUUGAUACUCCCGUCCGAUGAACAGUAAAAAAACUCGCACCAGUCCCUGGCUUCCAAGGAACGCCUGUCAGAUUAGAACACUUUUCGUGCACACUACAUGACAUAUAAAAGGACGCAGCACGCCUCGACGGUAUAUUUGACCACCGAAAGAUUUUAACAGUCUGAAUUUGAGCUAUUUUGCUUUGUAAACGUCAAAACAGCACAAGAAAGCAAAGAGGAGUAAAAUUGUUGUUAGUGGUGUUUAUUUUUAUUGCCAAAUUCGGACCUAAAAAGGAGUUUUCACAGCCUGUCUGCUAGCGGUAGGUUAAGAGUCUGAAAGCUUGUCGCCUGGCGCCGGUAGAUCACAGCCUUGAGGAGGCAUAAAUUCAUGUUCGUUUGUUCAUAUAGGCGUUGCUAAGUUGAAAAUGUACUUCCCAAAAAACGGAAAUUCUGAAGGGGAGGGGGGGUUCACGAUUAUGGAAUUCUGAGGGCAUGGGGGGGUAACGCAUUUUGGAAUUUCCGAAGGCAAGGGGGGGAUAAAACAUGGAAGCCGUCCGUGGUUGGGUAUGGAUAUUUUCUGGAAUUGCCCAAUGCAGGCCCUUUUGUUCACAGCCAAUCGAUUCAGAAUUACACUCCAAAGGGGGAAAAAAGUAUCCUCUAGAACACUUGAAUAUUGAUAAAGUGGGCUGUGGAAAAGUUAAGGUGGAGAAAUUCUGUUUCAUGUAGAAAGCUAUGUUUUCACGAGUGGAGAGUAUGAAUGCAAGUGAAGGUCAACACUUCAUUUCUCAGAAUGUUCUGAAGCAAUUCCUGGAACUCUACGGUAUAUAAAUUCUGUGUUUUGGCUAAAUUUGUAUUCAACCAGGCUUUGUUGUACGAUGGAACCUCGUUAAUACGGUCACCAAUGGGCCAAAAAAAUUGGCCGUAUUAACAGGGUGGCCAUACUACCAGGGUAGGCUCAAAUUUCAUGACUUGAGGGCUGUAAUGACAAAUACACCAAGAGUACACCACACAUCGCAUUCACUGUACUGUUCUCAUUAAUAAACAACCGGAAUGUAGAUACAUGCAUUGCGUACAGUAUUUGGAAAAACUUUUUAAAGUUCUCCUUCAGUACAUGAAACUCUUUUAAAGUUCUGCUAUAAAUCGCCACGAGUGCAUUUUCAGUGUACUGUAGUCUAAAAACAGUACAAGAAAAAAUAAGCCCAGCUAACUAGAUUAAUAAAAUUGACAUGUCACAGGCAUUUAAAUUUUCUAAAUUUCAAUCGAGUGGCCGCAUUAACGGGAUGAAAUUAUAAGGGAUUCUACUGUUUGGAAUUUUAAAAUGUGGCCAUUGGCUGUAUUAAUGGGUGACUGCAUUAACAGGUUUUUUUUAUAAGAAAAUGUUUGGUUGUUUUGCUGGGCUGAAAAAAAAACUGGCCAUAAUAAUGAGGUGACCGUAUUUAUUGAGGUGGCUGUAAGGUGGGGGUUCUACUGUAUUUAUUUAAGCUUAAUAGAGAGAAGUAUGACAUCAUGUUACCAUGGUAGCAAAAUUUUUGGAUGACAACAAAAGGGAGCUUAGGCAACAGUGACAGCGAUGGCAACGAGAAUGGCAAAAAAAGUUUAUGUUAGUAGUAAAAUGUUAUAUACACAGCAGAACCAAAGAUUGAAAAUGAUUUGAUACCCUCAUGAGUAUAAUGAAGCAGUUUAUUUUUGAACUUGAUUGGAAAUUCACUCUUUCACUCACUGGUGUUCUCUAAACCUUACACCUGUAGACUGUUUUUUUCCUUAAUUUUUAGGGGCUCAAAACAUGGUUCGAGUUAUAGAGGGUAAAAUUAUAUACAUUUAGAGAUGACCUGAGGGGAAACAAAAACUACUUUGAGUUAGCGGGAGGUUGGAGUUAUCUAGGGCUCGAGUUACCUGGGGUAAAAUUUACAGUAAAUGUGUGACGGACGGAAAUCUAGGAGAAAUCAAUUUUGGUUUGAGUUAGUGCGAGGUUGGAAUGAGCAAGGGUUUGAGUUAUUGGGAGUCAGCUAUAGUUAUUUGACACUAUUAAUGGCAAAUCAAAAAUAAAAAAAAAAUUGCAGCCGAUUCAAACUACAGUAAAAACCUGCAUAUAACAACCUAUUGAUUUAAGAACCUAUAGGCUGAAAUUUGGCAUUUAAAUACCCAAACAUACAAGAGCCUGUUCAGCGUGGCAAAUGAAAAUAGGUUCUUAUAUUAAAAAAGAAUCACUCCAAAUUAUUUUGAUGGUCAAAUGCUUGAUUUUUAAUGUGUAAGAAACUUCUGAUAAAAAGUUAUUGUGAAUAUGUUUUCUUUGAUUUAACAUUUGUCUGACGACUUUCACUAGAAAUAUUUUUCCACAAAGUUACAGUUUGCAAUAUAGAUGAUUUGAAAUCUAAAUAUCUUAUAAAUUAAAAUAUUGAUAUGUAUUGAUGCUCUUCUUGGACCUUGCUUGUUUUAUUAUCAACCAUUAUGUAUAAGUAGUGCAAUAUUUCUGCCAAUGGUUACACUGUGACAACCUCUGAAAAAUAAGAACCUAUUAAGAACCUAAUCAGCCUGAAUUGUGAAAAACUACCCUAAACUAUAAGAACCUGUUCAGCCUCACCUCGAAAAUUCUAGUAUCUUAUAUGCGGGUUUUUACUGUAUUUGAAAAUAUGCCAUACUUUACUCACAGCACUUCACUUUCCAUUGGAAACUACUAGUUGUAAGUAGUAGACUGGCUUUUUUGAGUAAAAUGUUGAAUUUACAUGAGUUUCAAGUCCAUUACUUUUCAUUCCUCAGCAUUAAAAUGGGAGUCAUAGUUCCUCACCACCUACAAACUGAGAGAGAGAGAGGCUUGAUAUGAUAGUGUGUGUCCUGCAGUGCUUGUGACAUAUUGCUCACAUCACCUCUCAUUUCUUCAUCCAGCUUAAAAUUUACCAUCUUUCUUUAUUCAUCACGCAAAAUUAAUGACAAUUCCGGCAUUGCUGAUUGUAGCAGUAUGCAGGACACAUGUCUUACAUGAACCUUGAUAUGGUGCAGCUCACCACGAGUCCUUCGUAGCUCAGUGGUUUGAGUGUAUGUAUCAAAUAAAUAUCAGUGUCUUGGAGCAUCCUGUUUCCUUGUAUAAGUGUAUCAAACUCAUAUUGCCAACUCAUAUAUAUAUAUAUAUAUUUUUUUUCUUUGUGUCAUUCGCUUUUUUUAGCCUAGAACUAUGAUUAGUACGACUAUCUAAUAUAUUUGUUUUAAGAUUUACUGUAGCUCUGCCAUUGAUUUUCCCAUGUGUAUUUAUGAUAAUAUUUUGUUCUAAUUAUCUAACUGAUAAGCCCAAUGGCUUCUCUUGGGCUUCCUCGCCAUGAGAGUUUAAAUGAUUAGAUUUUUUUUUUGCUUUGUACAACUUAUGGCAAACAAAACAAUAAACAAUAAACAUCUUGUGCUCUCAGGGGAAGGGUCUCAACGGCACUGCCUACCUUUUCCACUCUAGCUAUCAUUGCUUCAGGGUUUUCUCUUACAUAUUUUACUCCUUGUGACUUAGUCUGUUAAUGCCUUAAAGGGAUUUUUAAAUUACUUCUGAAAUUUCUGUAGCUCUUUGUGUUCAUUGUGAAAGAGAACAUUAUAUUUUUCUUGCUGAGAGAGGAGGGGUUUCCUCCCCCCUUUCUUGUUACUGCUAACCCCUUGCUGUUUAGACUGUUUAUCCCUGCCUACUUUUCUUUGUGCUUUCCCCACUAUCUGAACACCUGGAACAGGCUUUUCUGGCACUGCAGGACUUGCCUGUGGCUGCAGGAAAGAACAACACCAAAACUAACAGUCUCACUGUCUUAUUCAUACUUAACAAUUAGUGAAUGAGGCUGAGUAUCUUUUGAAGAAUUAUGGAGAUCAAGGAGGGUGUUACCCAAGGCGGAUAACACCCUCCGUGAUCUCUAUAAUUCUUCAUAUGAUACGAAAGCUAAAUUCAAUAAUUAUUUUAAUAUUCAUUCAAAAUAAUUCCUAGUUUAAAAACAUGGUUAAAACAUGCUUACUUCCAUCAAUCGCGAUGUUAAGUUCCUCUUCGUUAGUGCACGUUUAGGGUUGUUCAGCUCAGCAAAUAUUCCCCAAAUAGCAGAUGUCACCCUUGGAGUUGUCUUCUUGCUGUUCUUGCCAUGUUUUUAGCUAUUAUUUCGCCUAGUUCUUACUCUUGAAAUGAGUGAAAUGUCUGCCUUUUUUGUUUGCACCACUAAAACAGCUCAACCUCGUCCCCAGGUCUUCUUAGUUGGCUACAUGUUGCUUAACUGUGAAUUUUUGAAAGAAAAAAAAAACAACAACAACAAGAAAAUUAAGUCUUACCAGCAAUCCAUUUUAUUUUAAAAUUGUGUGAGACAAAACAACAGUGGCUUCUCCAGUUAAGCUCUUAAUUUAAGGGUUAGGGCAAGCACCUCCAUUACUGCAGAGCAGAGUUUCUAUAGCUACUUCACUUGGAUUUGUGCUCCUUGGCCGCCUUAGAUGUUAGUUAGAGUUGGAGUAAGGGACGUCUUCCUCUUGCAGUGGCAGACCCAAGGGGAGGGUCCGGGAGCCCCCAUCAGACCUGAUGCUUGUUUGAGAUUGAAAUUCUUACAUCGACAGGAUCGUAUAUCACUUUUUUACUGCCUAAUUUUUUUAAUGAAACGCGCGUUGCAUUUUGUCACUAAACUAAAUUCCAGGGACAUUCAGAAAUUUAAUUGGUUUUGGGUACCCUUCUAUGGUCUGAACCAAAGUUUGGACCCCCUAAUAAAAAUUUCCUGGAUCCGCCCCUGUCUUGUACGCUUUAUUCUUAACCUCAGUUAUGUAAAUAAUGGAAAAUUGAGCCUAUACCAAUUAAGAUAUAAUAUAACAACUUUUUGUUGGCCGUCUUCAUUUUAUUGAUAUUAAACAAAAUGGCUGUUCUGUUUCAGCUUCUUAGACAAUGUGAAGAGUCAGGUGCUGGUUCACAGUGUGCUGUUUCACAGCUUACGUCUACUGAAUUAAGUAAAGACUCUGCAAAACAGGCAUUUGAAAUCUUACUGGACAAAGUGACAUGUGAAGCACAGCAACAUCCAUUGACACUUUUUAAGCCUAUGGCCUUUUCAGAAGAAAUGCUAAUUAAGUUUGAUUGGUCCCCAACGGCAAAACAAUAUCUUAAGGCAUUUAAACUGGUGAAAGAAGGCUUUGAAAUCCUUUAUAAGAGUAACUUUACUGAUGGAAAGGGGAUAUCUCUUAUAGCCCAUGGGUUCUUGACAGAAAGUACAAUUUUACAAGGAUUCCCUCAAAGGCAAUUUUUGUGGUCCAGAAUCCAUCAACUUAGUGAUAAGAUCUUGCAAACUAAUCCAAAUUUUUUUGAAGGGGCUCUUUUGUGGUACGCUUUUCAUCCUUGUGAAUCACGAGUUUCAGAGGAAAGUGCUAAAGUUGACUCAAAAAAGGUAGCAUUUCUACUAAACAUGAUUAACUUAAUCAAAAGAGCUGAACCUCACAGCUCUCCUUGCAAAAAUACUUUUGAGUUUGAUAAGAACUACAGUAGCUGGCUUCAUGUCUUAUAUGUGUUUGUGGGAUCAUUUUAUGUAGUUGCUAGUGCAUACCAAGAGGCAGCUGAAGCUGCUGAGAAUUCUCUCAGUUGCUGUCCAGCUUUCUUUGAAGCCAAGAGGUUGCUUGGGUUUUCCUUAAGGGCAAUGUUUUCUUCCAAGUCAAACCCUGAAGAAAAAGAUUCUCGACCAAAUGUAUCCACAGGAUUGAUGCCUACUCAAGCCAGUAAUAGACAGACAUCAAAGUAUGCUUCUUGGACAACUCAAAAGUUAAAAAACACUGCGGCAAAGGUGUUGAAGGAGUUUCUUGUUGAGGCCCCACCAUGUGACAGAUUUUACCCAAAUGUUUAUUAUUAUCUGGCGGAUCUUGCAUUUGUUGACAUGGACUUUCAGGAAUUCAAAAAGUAUUAUGAACUUGGCCAAGAUGCCGAAGAAAAACGACUUCCAUUUUUGGAUCCUGUUGAUCUUGCAUUGAAAGAUUGGAUGGCUCCUGUUUAUCAGCUCCUUCCCCAAAUUGGAAGCCUUGUUGCUAGGUGUGGCAAUAAAGCCUGUACUAGGAAAGUCGAGAAAACUGAAUUGAAGUCUUGUGGUGGCUGUGGAAGCCAACAAUACUGUAGCAAGUAGGUAGAAUCAACAAUUACUAGCCUUACAUUUAAAAAAUCAGUUUUGGGGACCCAAAAAGUCCCGUCGCAUCAAUUUUUUGCAAUUAUUUCAUUUCUAUUUUGGGUACCAACUCCGCAUAAAUUUUCGCGCUACCCUAAAAAGAGCCAUUAGGUCGACCAAACAUGAACAGUUUGUGUUUAUGAUAGGAUGAAUGACUACUAUGGGUUUUGUGGUGGUAAUGAUGAUGGUGAUGAUGGUGAUGAUGAUGAUGAUGAUGAUGAUGAUGAUGAUGAUGAUGAAGGGGGUGGUGGUGGUGGUGGUGGUGAUGAAGAUGAUGGUAAUGAUGAUAGCGAUGGUGAUGAUGAUGGUGGUGGUAAUGAUGAUGGUGGUGGUGGUGGUGUUGGUGAUGAUGAUGAUGAUGAAGGGGGUGUUGGUGGUUGUGUUGGUGAUGAAGAUGAUGGUAAUGAUGACAGCGAUGGUGAUGGUGGUGGUGGGUGUGAUGAUCAUGAUGAUGAAUAGGGUGGUGGUGGUGGUGAUGAUGAUGGCGAUGGUGAUGAUGAUAGCGAUGGUGAUGAUGAUGGUGGUGGUAAUGGUGAUGGUGGUGGUGAUGAUGAUGAUGAUGAUGAUGAUGAUGAUGACGACGACGACGAUGGUGCUGGUGGUGGUGAUGAUGAUGAUGAUGAUGAUGAUCAUGAGGGCUUUUGAAAUCAAAAUUAGUUUCUGGAAAGUCCUAGUGAUGUUUCGGUCCCCAAGCAACUAUUAAAAUAAAAACUUUAAGAAUAAAAGUGUGUGUCCUAGGUAAUACACCAAUCCAUUCCGUUUUGUAAACUGAUGUUUUUAUUACAGAGCAUCUGGAAAUUAAUCAACUCUCAUAACUGAAACGUAACAGUUUUGGAAGAGUAAUUGAUGUCUUGUCAUCAUUUGCAGAGACUGUCAAAGAGCGGACUGGAAAAAUCACAAAGCUUCUUGCAAAGCACACAGAGGACUCAAGGCAAAAUAUUCUACAUAG